AUGGCGGUGGAGGCGGUUCUUGACGUGGUGGUGGCUGCAGCGGACCAGGUCGCCACCACGAGCAGCAGCAGCGGGGGCGGGACGGCAGCAGAGGACGAAGAUGUAAAGGCGGCGGUGCAGCAGCGGGCGCACGGCGAAGGAUUGGCCAAGCGGAAGCGCUCCAGGCGCCGCCGCGACCGCGAGCAGCGCAAGGAGCCCCCCUCCCAGGAGGAGUACCUGGCGCAGUGCCUCGUCAUGCUGGCCACCGGCCGCCGCGACGUCCCGGGCCCGGCCCCCGCGCCGCCGCCGCAGGGGCAGGAGCACGCGUGCUCCGUCUGCGGCAAGGCGUUCCCGACGUACCAGGCGCUCGGCGGGCACAAGGCCAGCCACCGCACCAAGCCCUCUCCGCCGGCGCCGGCAACGGAGGCGCCGACAACAACAAACCCGCGGCGGCGGCGGCGGCGCGAGUGCAACGUGUGCGGGAAGGCGUUCCCGACGGGGCAGGCGCUGGGCGGCCACAAGCGCCGCCACUACGACGGCACCAUCGGCAGCGCCUCCGCGCGCGCGUCCUCCUCCUCCACCGCGGCCACCACCAGCCGCGCCACGACGGCGAUCGCCUUCGACCUCAACCUGCCGGCGCUGCCGGAGCGGUGCGCGGGAUUGGAGGACGACGAGGUGCUCAGCCCGCUCGCCUUCAAGAAGCCCCGGUUCAUGAUCCCGGCUUGA